UUCCUGUGGAUCACCAUGACGCUCCGGCGGCUGCUCCUGUGCCUGUCCCUCUCCAUGGCCUGCGUGUGGAGCAAGCCCACGGAGAAGAAGGAGCGGGUGCACCACGAGGCGCAGCUCAGCGACAAGGUGCACGACGACGCGCAGAGCUUCGACUACGACCACGACGCCUUCCUGGGCGCCGACGAGGCCAAGACCUUUGACCAGCUGACGCCGGAGGAGAGCAAGGAGCGGCUCGGAAAGAUUGUAAGUAAAAUAGAUGACGACAAAGACGGGUUUGUCACUGUGGACGAGCUCAAAGCCUGGAUUAAGUUUGCGCAAAAGCGCUGGAUUUUCGAGGAUGUGGAGCGCCAGUGGAAAGGGCACGACCUCAAUGAGGACGGCCUCAUUUCCUGGGAAGAGUAUAAAAAUGCCACCUACGGCUACAUCCUAGACGAUCCCGAUCCCGACGACGGCUUCAACUACAAGCAGAUGAUGGUGCGGGAUGAGCGGCGCUUCCACGCGGCCGACACCAACGGCGACCUGGUGGCCACCAAGGAGGAGUUCACGGCAUUCCUGCAUCCCGAGGAGUACGACUACAUGAAGGGCAUCGUGGUGCAGGAAACCAUGGAGGACAUCGACAAGAACGGCGACGGCUUCAUCGACCUGGAGGAGUACAUCGGUGACAUGUACAGCCAGGAUGGGGACACGGAGGAGCCCGAGUGGGUGAAGACGGAGCGGGAGCAGUUUGUGGAAUUCCGCGACAAGAACCGCGACGGCAGGAUGGACAAGGAGGAGACCAAGGACUGGAUCCUGCCCACGGACUACGACCACGCCGAGGCCGAGGCCCGGCACCUCGUCUACGAGUCCGACCGCGACAAGGACGGCCGCCUCACCAAGGAGGAGAUCGUGGCCAAGCACGACCUGUUCGUGGGCAGCCAGGCCACCGACUUCGGCGAGGCGCUCGUGCGGCACGACGAGUUCUAGGCGCCGCUUCCCGCCUUAUUUAUUUGGGACUCCUCCGGGAAGAGCGCGGGAAGCGCUUCCCGCCGCCCACACCGGCAGCCAGCAGGUGGGAGAACACACACACACACACACACACACACACGUGGGAAUGGGAUGGAUGGCGCUUCCCGCUCCGGCAGCUCCUGUGGGGUUUUGUAUUUGGGCUCCGUGGGAAGAGGAGCCGCAUCCCGCCCGGAGCCGCCCCCCUCUUCCGGGUUUUAUCCCGUCCUUCGCGGCGAACGUGGGAGUGGGAAAAGGAGCCGGAGAACUGGAGCGCUCCGGAGCGGCGGCCCCGUGGAGCAUCCCGGCGCUCUGAGCCCCCGGAUCGAGCCGCAUCCUGGGAAAAGCCUCCGUAUUCCCUGUGUAUCCUCUGUUAUCCCAUGUAUUUUUAACGUGCGGGACUUCCCGGGAUGCCGGCGGGAAGGAGCCGCUCAUCCCUGCGGAGCGGCCGCCGGGCCGGGCGCUUUUCCCGGUUUUCCUCCUGGUCUGUUUUUA